AGUUUGUCACACUCUUUAAUGAACAUGCACAGCGUUAUUAGGGUCAUAUUGUGAUGUCACCGUAAUAUAAGUUAACAGAACUCUGACAGAGCGCGUGAGUGAUUAUUUCGUCACUUGAGGUCCCUAUAAAAGCCCGCGUGAGUAACCAUAGUUUCGUGGGUUUGUUGUUUGGCGAGCACUUGUGCUAUUUCAUCUCUGUUUGUGAAAGCGAGUUUUUUUGUAUUAUGUGGAGAAAUUAUCGAGGACCAAAUAGGCCCGCUGCGGUCAGUCAGCCAUUCUUUGGCGGGCUGAUCGCGCGGGUCUUUUUUGGUCUCUUUAAUUUCUUUGUUUCUUUUUUGCGCUGUUUUCGGGUCGCGCGGACCGAGGCAGGCGCCACCGGGGAGCGACUCAGUGAACCGGAGGGAGCCUUCGGACCUGAUAGCGAGCGUCCACCGAUGCUCGAUGUGGGGUCCGAGGUGAACCCGGUUCAUCGUGUUGACUGCCCCGUUUCGACACCUGGCACCGCGCUGGAGACCUGUCCAGAUGCCCAACCCCAAAGACCUCUCAUGAGGUUUUCGGAGCGGAUGUCUGUGACAGUAAACGGCGGUCUCACUAAACGACCUUCAUUUUGUAGAGCUGCACGACCUCUGGUAGUGACUCCUCAAAUGCUUCCUACUUGUGCUUCACAGCCCAGUCGGACACGUUUUGAGGAGUUUACACCAAGGCCGUUGCAUGCUCGAAAUGAUUGUCCUUUAGUUGAGUCCCGUUACGUCUCCACCAACUGGCAAGCUAGGAGAAUACGUUCUGUAUACCCUAAGCUUCUCCUCCGUCGUCUGGGCCCUGGCAGGAUACGCUCUGCUGACAUCGCACAGCGGACUGUCAGAGAGAGGAAUGAGGAGGUGAAAGUGAUCGUUAGACGUUGCACACGCAGAUCUAACGUUUCACCCGUACAUCCCUUCAUAUACCCGCUUCCUGCCUUGGUUCCCCAGCGACGUCGAGGUCAUCCUGCUGCUCCUACUGUAAGUAGUAGAGCCUUAAUGCAGGACACCCCCAGACCUCUUCUGUCAGAGGAAAUCUCUUCUGCACAGCCUGAGCAUCAUCGGGCCCUGGAACCUGGCAGGAGUCUGUCUGCUGUUGUGUCACAGCAGAAACCUGUCAUGGUUGUUCAUCCUCUGGGCCGGCGUACACGUUGGCGUCGUGUCGCACCGGCUCAGCAGGUCCAGCCCUCGGCCGCUCGGCAGUUCCAGGCUACACCUAUCGCUGUUGUCUCACUGCCGAGAUUUACAAGCAGAGGGAAGGAGCAACCUGUCCAGGUUGUGCGUCCUCUGGGCUGGCCUACACGAGAGGGUCUUGUCGCACCCGCUCGGCAGGACCAGCCCCCGCCCGCUCGGCAGGACCCGACCCCGCCCGCUCGGCAGGACCCGCCCCCGCCCGCUCGGCAGGACCCGACCCCGCCCGCUCGGCAGGACCCGACCCCGCCCGCUGCUGUAUCACAGCAGAAACCUGUCAUGGUUGUGCGUCCUCUGGGCUGGUCCACACUUGCGGGUUGUGUCGCACCAGCUCAGCAGGUCCAGCCCUCGGCCUCUCGGCAGUUCCUGCCUACACGUAUCAGUGGUGUCUCAUUGCCGAGUUUUACAAGCUCCGGUAAGGAGAAACCAGUCGCGGUUGUGCGUCCUCUGGGCUGGCCUACACGUGAGGAGCGUGUUGUGCCCCCUUCGCAGAACCGGACCCCGCCUGCUCGGCAGGACCGGCCCCUGCCCGCUGCUUUCUCACAGCUAGUCCAGACCCCGCCCGCUAGGCAGGACCGGACCCCGCACGCCCGGCAGGACCGGACCCCGCACGCCCGGCAGGACUGGACCCCGCACGCCCGGCAGGAACGUACCUCGCUCCCCCGGCAGGAACGUACCUCGCUCGCCCGGCAGGACCGGACCCCGCCCGCCCGGCAGGACCGGACCCCGCCCGCCCGGCAGGACCGGACCCCGCACGCCCGGCAGGACCGGACCUCGCUCGCCCGGCAGGACCGGACCCCGCCCGCCCGGCAGGACCGGAUCCCGCCCGCCCGGCAGGACCGGACCUCGCCCGCUCGGCAGGACCAGCCCCUGCCCCCGCCCUAUGCUGUCUCACAGCUAGUCCAGAUCCCGCCCGCUCAGCAGGACCGGACCCCGCCCCCUUGGCAGGACCAGACGCCGCCAGCUCGGCAGGACCAGCCCGCUGCUGUCUCACAGCAGAAGCCUGUCCAGGUUGUGGCUCCUCUGGGCCGGUCCACACUUGAGGGUUGUGUCGCACCGGCUCAGCAGGUCCAGUCCUUGCACCCUCAGCGGAUCCUGCCUACACCGAUCGCUGGUGUCUCACUGCAGAGACCUGUCCAGGUUGUGCGUCCUCUGGGCAGGCCUACACGUGAGGAGCAUGUCGCACACGCUCGGCAGGACCAGCCCCAGACCGUUCAGCAGGACCAGACCCCGACCGUUCGACAGCCUUUUGCUGUCUCACAGCUAGUCCAGACCCCGCCCGCUCGGCAGGACCAGACCCGACAGUUCGGGAGGACCAGACCAGAACCGUUCGGCAGGACCAGACCCCAACCAUACGGCAGGUCCAGACCCCGGCCGCCCGGCAGGUCUAGCUCUUUCCCGAUGGUCUCACAGCUAGUCCAGACCCCGGCCUCUCGGCAGGACCAGAUCCCGCCCCCUCGGCAGGACCAGAUCCCGCCCCCUCCGCGGGUCCAGACCCUUUGGCAGGACCGGACCCGACCGUUCGGCAGGACCAGAUCCCAACCGUUCGGCAGGACCAGACCCCAACCGUACGGCAGGACCGUACGGCAGGUCCAGACCCCGGCCGCCCGGCAGCUAGUCCAGACCCCGGCCUCUUGGCAGGACCAAAUCCCGCCCCCUCGGCAGGACCAGAUCCCGCCCCCUCGGCAGGACCAGAUCCCGCCCCCUCGGCAGGACCAGAUCCCGCCCCCUCGGCAGGACCAGAUCCCGUCCCCUCGGCAGGACCAGAUCCCGUCCCCUCGGCAGGACCAGAUCCCGCCCGCUCGGCAGGACCAGAUCCCGCCCUCUCGGCAGGACCAGACCCCGGCCUCUCGGCAGGACCAGAUCCCGCCCUCUCGGCAGGACCAGACCCCGCCCGCUCGCUCAGCAGACAAGUUUUGUCCCUGA